UUUUUAGAUACUUUACAGCUGUUAAGUGCUGUAUACUUUACAAACCGAUCAUAUUGGAAAGCAGCUCCCAGGAGAACUACUUUCUCUGUGGAUUGAAGAUGGCUACCCUGUUCGACACUUUCUGUUCAAUUUAGUAAAACCCACAGAUCGUGGGAUACUAGUAACUACAUACCUUCCUCGUCUAUUUCCAAAACGCUUCGGAGUGAUUACGGAUGAGUAUAUUGGACGGGGUUUGGGUAGUCUAAAGUGGAACACAGAUCGGAACUUGAUUGGGAUGUCUCCAAAGCUGCUUUUUCCAUAGUUUGGCGGAGUGAGAGAGGAGCCUGCUGUCUGAUAACAUCCUAACUAGUAUCGGGUACAGGCAAGAGUGUACAGAGUGGACGGUGCGGAAAGUAAAAGGGACGGAUAUUGCAACGGUGCAUCGGUGAAGGAAGUGAGCCUAGAUAUCCAUGGCCUUGACAAAAAGCAAAGAAAGAAAACCACAGGAGAAACACUUAUUAUUUUUUUUAAUACUUAAGUUUUAAAAACUCUAAAAUGGAGUUUUACAUCAGGGCGCAAAUGGUAUAAGGAAGCUGCUGGAUCUGAGGAUUUUAUUGUGUGUGCAUAAGGGCAUUGUUGCUACAGGAAUUUAUUUUUUUUCUUGGAAAAUUGGCGAUGUUUACUAUCCCAUGGAUUAUGAUUUUUUGAAGAUUUCAGGACCGCAUCUUAAAGAAAAGAAGAUAAUACUGAGUGAAAUUAUGUGAUACUUUACCUCCGGGGAGCAGUCUCUGCGAGGCCGAGAGUCAUUGGGGACAGGAAUGGAUGAGCAGAAAUCGAGCAAUGAAGAUGGAGAUUGUAAAUCGUCAGCCAAUGCACCCUCGUCAGCAGAAAAGAGUGCAACAGAAGGAGAUACUGGGGAUCCAUCUGGUGAGAAGCCAUGCCCUCCACAGUCAUCUGAGACAUUGGAAACUCAAGAAAAAUCCAGUGUUUGGCAGCAGAGAAGAUGUGCUCUUUGUCGCUGUGGUCAAGGUAGUUUAUAUGGACAAAGGGAACUCCAGUGGUUUGAGACUUCAGUAGGUGAGGCAACACCAACGAGCCGCACUGUAGAGCUUCCUGGUGCAAAUCUGAAAGAUAUUGCUAGUGACUUGUCACAAGUUGGGUAUUCAGAAGGCAUCACACUAGAGCAACUUUCAGAACCAUCAGGAGCCUGCUGGGUCCACCACUCGUGUGCUGCUUGGUCAAGUGGAGUUCAGUGUGCUGAAGGACAUCUGGUUCAUGUGGACAGAGCAGUCAUCUCAGGGAUUUCACAGAACUGUGAGUACUGUAAGAGGCUGGGUGCUACCAUUCCGUGUCACUCCAAGGAAUGUUUGCGGUACUUUCACUUUCCUUGUGCAGCAGCCAGUGGUUCAUUCCAGUCUAUGAAGACCUUUAUUCUUUUCUGUCCAGAGCAUGUGAGAGAAGCUGUUGAUACAGUAGACUGUCACUGUGGAGUAUGUGACUCUGCAGGUGACUUCAGUGAUCUCCUGUUUUGCACCAGCUGUGGACUACAUUAUCAUGGCACGUGUCUUGAUGUUGUCAUCACACCAUUGAAGCGUUGUGGCUGGCAGUGCCCAGAAUGUAAAGUGUGCCAAACAUGUAGGCAGCCAGGUGAAGAUACAAUGAUGCUGGUUUGUGAAGCCUGUGACAAGGGAUAUCAUACAUUUUGUUUGAAGCCUGCAAUGGAGUUUUUGCCAUCAAGCAUCUGGAAAUGCAAGAAUUGCCGUGUAUGUAGUAACUGUGGCUUACGCUCAGACGAACUUGCUCAAGGUUGCCAGUGGUUUGAAAACUACUCAGUCUGCGAGAAUUGCUAUCGUCAGAAAGGACAGAGCAAAGGUUGUGUAGUGUGUGGCAAAACUGGACCAACAGAAAACAUGCUGCACUGUUCAAAUUGCCAACAGUGUGUACAUAGAGAUUGUUCUGGUUGUCCAGACAAGUGGCAGAAAGAGCACCCAUGCGCCUACCGUAAAAAUCAUAAAGAACAGCGAGUGUCUUCUAACAAAAUAGCAAACUCGAAAGUCACAGCCAAAGAGAACUGUACAAAGCUGGAAGAAUCUAGUCAGCAGGAAAAGGGAGAUGCCAAAAGUCCCUGUACCAAAGCAUCAGCAGAUGGCUCCAAUACUGAGUUUGGAGAGCACUCAAGGAUGCUUGUAGACCACCAGCAUGAAUCUCAGAAAAGUGAACAAAUGGGUAUCCAGAACCUGAGAACUCUUGUAGAAGAAUCUGCAUCUGAUUCUGCACUUAACUUUUUGGAAAAUAAAAUUGGAACUGAACAGUCAUCUAUUGUGCAUGAACUUUCUACUGCUUAUAGGCAAAGUAGUGAUUCCCUUGUAGAAAAAGAAACUAAAGACAGCUGUCAUACAGUACUAGGUAAAGAUCAUCAUCGUCAUUCAGAAACUGAUGUCACUGACAAGACUGCACCUGUAAGUCUCAAGGAGACUCCUUCAUACGAGAAUAGCAAUCUCAGAGUCACAAAAAAAUUAUUGAUUCGAGACUUUUCCAGUUCUCUUUUGACUCAAAGCAUGGAGAGUGUUUCUAAAAUUGGAAGGAAUAGUAGCUUCUCAGAAUGGAAUAUAGGCUGCCUUUCUUCAGGGCUGGAAAGUAGGGGGUGUUCAUCUUCUGGUGUGAAGAGGAUUGUAAGAUAUGAAAUUUUAUCUUCCAGUCCAAAGAAUUCUGACAUUGGCUUUGGUGACAUCCCUACUGAUUCCAUGGGCAUGGUGAAGGACCCUGAUACUUUUCUGGAAACAGAGGAGAUAGACAAUUUGACCCCUAUGGAGGUCUUAUCUACAGAGAAUAAGCUGAUAAAAACAGAAUCUAGAACUAUACCGGAAGAAACACAACAUUUCUUGAGGAUAACUCCUUCUACUAUUAAAUCAGAGAUUGUAAAUGAAAUUUCAAAUUUAAGUCAGGGGGAUGCUGGUGGUAGUUUCAGUGGCUAUGAUCCAAUGGAGUCUUCUGAUCACGAUGGAGUCUCUCUGUCUAUGGACAUCUGCAUGGCAUCAGCAGAUGAGAGUUUGAAUAAAGAGGAAGGCUCUUCAAGGGUGGGUGGGGAUUCUUUGCUGGCAGAGACUGAUGACUCUCUGUUGUUUGACCUCAGUGGUAUAAAGGUUGAAAGUGAAAAGUCCAGGAGGAGAGGCUCACCUGGAAGAUCGAGGGGACGAAGCAGUAGCUUCCCUGGGAGAAGGCGGCCACGUGGAGGUGGGCAUGGACGAGGAAGAGGGCGAUCAAGACUUAAAUCUACAACAUCUUCUAUUGAGACUCUAGCAUUAAUAGAUGGUGAUGGGUCACCUGGUAAAGAUGAAGAUGAUGAGGAAGAUGACACUAUGCAAAACACAGUUGUACUUUUCUCCAACACUGACCGCUUUGUUCUGAUGCAGGAUAUGUGUGUUGUUUGUGGUAGUUUUGGUCGAGGACUAGAGGGACAUCUCCUUGCAUGUGCACAGUGUGCUCAGUGCUACCAUCCCUAUUGUGUGAAUAGUAAGAUAACCAGGGUAAUGUUAAACAAAGGGUGGCGCUGUGUGGAGUGUAUAGUCUGCGAAGUCUGUGGAAAAGCAACUGAUCCUGCCCGAUUACUACUUUGUGAUGACUGUGACAUCAGUUACCACACCUACUGCUUGGACCCACCACUCUACACUGUCCCUAAAGGUGGCUGGAAAUGUAAAUGGUGUGUGCGUUGCAUGCAGUGCAAUUCUAGCACACCUGGUUUCCACUGUGAGUGGCAGAACAACUACAGUCAUUGUGCACCUUGUGCGAGUUUGGUGGCUUGUCCUAUCUGUCGAGAGAAGUUUAUGGAAGAGGACCUCAUUAUCCAGUGUCGCCUUUGUGACAGGUGGAUGCAUGCAAUGUGUGAGAACUUGUACUCUGAAGAUGAAGUGGAGCUAGCAGCAGAUGAAGGGUUUGAUUGCACUGCAUGUCGGCCAUAUGUUGUAAAACCAGUUCCUCCUAUUGUAAUCCCUGAGCCGCCGCCUCCUCCUCCUCCUCCUCCAGUUAAAAUUAAAGAGCCUGAGCCACAGUUUUACCGGUAUGAGGGAGUGUGGUUAACAGAGGCUGGAAUGGCAAUGUUGCGCAAUCUCACUAUGUCUCCCCUACAUAAGAGAAAACAACGUAAAUCUCGUCUAUCUACUUUGAGUGGUGAUCUAGGGCUGGAGUGCAAUGAUAUGUGCCUGCAAGAUGAUAAGAAGGAGGAAGACCCAGAAUGUGAGGAUGGAAAAGCUCUAGCCAUUGAACCAAUGGAGUGCGACUUAAAACCUGAUACACCAGGUAGUCCCGAUCGAGAUGUUGGCUGUGAGAACAUGUUUAGAGAGUCCCUUGAAGACAGUUACAUAAUGAAAGGAUUAGAUGAGAAAGUAUGUAUUAAAGUGGAGGAGGAAGAAGUUAUCGAUAGGAAGAGGACUGAAGAAAUUGAAGCCAUGAGGGUGUUGGAGGAAACUGAAGAUGGAAAGUUAUCAGAAGAGGCAGAACGUGAGAAACUACUCGGGGAGCUUGAACCUGGAAAAGGACAUGAAGAAACAGAGGAUGGGAAGAAGAGAAAAAGGAAACCAUAUAGGCCUGGCAUUGGGGGUUUCAUGGUUCGCCAGAGGAAGUCUCACACUCGAUCAAAGAAAGGCAGCCUUCUUUUGUUGGAGUUAUCUGCAGAAGGGCAUAGUAUAGAAGGCCACCCUGAAGAUGGUGCCUUUUUUGAUGCUCUUACUGAAGGUGUUCCAGAUACAUUGCCUGGAGAGAGUGAAGCAGAAAAGGCAAAGAAACGUCGUGGAAGGAAGAAGAGCAGACUAGAAGAUAUGUUUCCUCUGUACCUGCAGGAAGCUUUCUUUGGAAAGGCUCUGAUUGAUUUAAGUAGGACAACUACUCUUUCUCCUGAAGCUCUUGGAGACCCAAAUCCUUUCUACCAGGCCAUCCCCAAAGAAGAGGUUGUCCCAAACCCAAACAUUGGCCUUAAUUUUGCAUUGCAAAAAGCAGCUGGAGAAGGUCAGGAGGUGUCUGCUCAGGAAAAAGGAGGUGACGGUACUACACAGAGUGCACCCCACUUACAGGAAGAAGCUUCCGUGAGUACAGAAGGAAAGGCUGAAAGUACAGUAGGACUGUCUGCAGCAUCUGCACCUUCUGUGGUAUCUACUGAGUCCUGCUCCGCUAUCCCUCAGUCACCAUUUUGUGGAAACAGGGACAGAGGAGGCUUCUUUAGUCCAGAGCACUGUGAUUCUGACAGCCCUUGGGCUACACCAUCUACACCUGCAACUCCUUCCACACCAACUACCCCAACAGCAGAAGGGGAGACAGAGGGUCUUACAUAUAACCAGAGAAACCUUCAACGAUGGGAAAAAGAUGAAGAAUUGGGCCAGUUAUCCACAAUUUCACCUGUCCUGUAUGCCAAUCUCAACUUCCCAAACCUAAAGCAGGAGUAUCCAGACUGGACUGCACGCUGUAAACAGAUCAUGAAAAUGUGGCGGAAGGUUCCUGCAGUUGACAAAGCCCCAUAUUUGCAAAAGGCCAAAGAUAACAGAGCUGCGCAGCGAAUCAGCAAAGUACAAAAGCAAGCAGAAAAUCAGGUCAACAGGCCAGCCAAAGCAGAGAGUCAUCGUAAAGGAGAGAGGCCUUCCCUACAUCUACAUAUUCCACGACAGACAUCACCUCAGGUGGGAUCUCAACCAGGCUCUGCUGAAGCAGAACUUGGACAUGUACCAGAACUGCAUACCGGCAUCUCAGCACAGAAUGUUUUUAAUACCAACCAGUCGUCUACCUCUGUGGAAGGGUAUACAAAGCCUCAUUUACCAAAUGCCCCAGGGAUGGAGCAUCAUGGGGAUGUGUAUAAACUGCCCUCACAGCCUUCAGUUAAAACAUCAGCCCAAGACCAUUUUGGGAAACUUCCAAACUCUCUUCCUCAGGAGCCAAUAUUUCAGUCUUCCGCAAACCAGGGACAAGUAGCAGGCAACAUACCGAACUCUGCUGCUGAGACCUCUCUGUUGCUACAGAAUAGACCUUUUCAAAUCUGCCAUGCAGCAGAGUUGCAUCUAACCUCACUAGAGACUACACGACACAAGUCUGAAAAUCCGGAUCCUUUCAUAAAGCCAAGAAUGCCUAGUGGUUCUCAGGAUAAUUUAAGACUUCCAGAAAGUCCAGGAACAAGGCCUAUACAGACAACUGAUCAUAGUUGCAAGCUCUCUGAUUCUCUUGCAUCGCCCACAGGUUUUGGAGAGCAAAAGAAGCUAAAUGACAUGAACUCCAAACAAAUUAAAAAAGAGGAGUUUGCUUUGCAGGCAAGGCAUGAUUUAGGGUUGAAUGCUUCUCAGUAUAGUGCUGCAGCUGGAUGUGCAGACUCGUUUUUGAACAGUCACUUGUCAUUGUCAGAUGAAAAGGGUGUUGAUGUGUUCAAAGCUCCUUUAACACCAAGAGUAGUUCCCGGAGAAACGCAGGUGACCGUGCAGAACUACAGGACUCAGGAACCACACUCCCUUCCUCAGGUGACUUCACCCCAGCCUCAUCAAGAAAUGUAUAAACAGUCUCCUUCCACUCCAUACUCUGACCACUAUGCCCAGUCUCCACUUACUCCUCGAUCACAGCCAUCUGAUAGCUGUUCUCCAUUAAGAUCUGAUCCCUUUGCUAGAAUACCAGCAAGCCCCCAGUCUCAAAGUUCUCAGUCACCUUUGACUCCAAGGCCAUUGUCCAAUGAAGCAUUCUCUCAGUCUCCCAUUGCUACUCGUUUUCAUUCACCAGAACCAUACUCUCAACCUCCUUCUCGACCUCAGUCUAGAGACCAGUUUGCACCACUUCAGAAGCCUCCUAGAGCACCACUUAAUGAUCCCAACUUCAAGGCUUCUCCAGUAUCACAUAAUCAGCCUAAUAAUACUUCCUUUUCUCAGUCAUUUCCUCCUCCUCCUCAGUCUUCUGAGCCUCUACCAUCUAAAGGAUCAGCUAAUCAACAGUCUCAGUUUUUCAGGCAUAGAGGUGCAAACAUGUUUCCAAACAUCCAGCAACAGAUGAAAUUUUCCUUCGCACAGUCUGGGACUGAAUCUGUGAAGAAUUCUCCAACUCAGCCCUCCACUGGCACCCAGUCCCAGAGAAUGAACUGCCUUUUUAGAAGUACUGCAAAUGCGUCUUACUCUCAGUCUUCUGGGACAAACCAGCCUGACACUCCAUCUGCACCAGUGAGCAAUACUGAGAAUUUCACAUCUCCUCUUCAUCCUCCUUCAGUGUUGCAGCAAGAUGGAUCCUAUCUGCCUCACACUUCUGGGCAAUUGUCAUCAUCACCUGCUGAGAAACGAGAGGAGGGUUCAGGAAUCUCAAGCCCCCUUGCUCCUCCCCCUCCUCCUCCUAUUCAAGAUCUCUCUGAACUCCCUACAAACCCAGAAUCUGCACUUAACAUUAAUCAGUCAGUGCUGGAAAAACAGAGGCAGGAAAGAAGCAGCCUUGGAGGGUUGAAUGCUGCUGCUGCUGGAAGUGGGGAGUUACCUACACCUGUAAUGAUGCAGGGAACAGUACAUCAAGAUGACUGCCUUUUGCGACCAUUGCCUUCUGCAACACCCACUUCCACUGAUCCAAACUCUGGCAGACAAGCAGUGAUUGAAGGUCCUCCAGGGUUUUUUUCAAGAGGGGUUUUCCAGAGAGCUGAUCAGCUGCAGCAACAAGGUCCAUGGCAAACUUCCCAGCCUACUCUUAGACCUAUUGCUCCAGUUCGCAUUCAGCAGUCCCUUAAUCUAGAUACAAGUAGACCUCCUUCAAGUAUCUCUGUGACUAGCACACCAGGAGCUCCAUCAAGGAUUUCUAAUUCGUCAGAACAGAUUGUAGCAUCCUCCAGUCCUAUGGCAGCUCACUUUAUCGAAUUACGUCACAAUACACAGAGACCUACACUAAGAACUCCAUUUUCUCAGCAGAAUGCACAGUUAAGGACUCCUCAUUUCACACCAGGUGAUGAAACAACUAAUCAACAAGUGCAAUCUGAAGGAGUGAGAGGACAGGAAGUGACUGGGCAAGAAUCAGUAGCUGGAAGUCCCCUUCUGCAUCAGAGGGUGGUAAAUACUUUACCAUUAUCACCUCAAGAUCUAGAGAUGCACGGUUCUCACCAUCUUAUAAAAAAUAAUGGGUCUUUGUCCUGUGGCUUAGAACUGAAUUCCCAGCAUACACCUCAGUUGUCAUCUUCUACUUCAAGUGUUCGUUCAGACAAUUUGAAUGGUUCUGAAUCAUCUCAUGACUCUACUGUAGCUACAGAUUCAGCCUCUAGGACUCGUAUUGCCAUGGAUAAUGAGAAACUUCCAUGUCAUAAUUCUGUGGAUGCUGACCUUGGUGUUGACUUUGAUUCUCAUAAGGACCUUGAAGAAGACGAUGAUGAUGAUGAAGAUGAUGAUGCACUUGCAAACCUGGGCCUUGAUCCUGAUGUUGCUAAAGGAGAUGAUGAUCUUGGCAACUUAGACAAUUUAGAGACAAAUGACCCUCACCUUGAUGAUCUCCUAAAUGGAGAUGAAUUUGACCUUUUAGCAUACACUGACCCUGCUUUGGACACUGGAGACAGGAAGGAUAUUUUUAAUGAGCAGUUGCGGCUUGUUGAGUCAGCAAAUGAGAAAGCUGAGAAGGAAGAGCUGCUUAAGAAAGAUGUUUUUCCUGUGCAGUCAGAAUGCACUGUUGUGGAAAAAGAUGAAGUGAAGUCCAAAGAAUGUGAUAAAGAAAGAAAUUCUACUGAAAAUGGAAUGUUGGUACAGGGCUUGUCAUCUUCUGCCUCAUUCUCUUGUAUUUCUGGGCACAGUGUUGAUACUUCUCUUGAAAGAAAUGGUGUUAAGAAUGUAACUGAAAGCCUUGAAAGUGAAUCCUGUAAAGAGUCUGCGAGUUUGGUGCCAGACAUAAAACCAAAGUUAGAAGAAAAUAUGUUGAAAAAAACUUGCCAGUUCACACUUGGAAGCACUGAACGUCCAUCAAUUUUAAUUAAAUCAGAAACUGCUCACAGCAAUGACAAAUCUUCAGCAUCUUUUUUGUUGAAUAUAAAACAAGGUCAGAGCACUUUACUUUCUGGAGAAAAUACUUUGUCCACCUGUGAUGGAAGGAGCCCUUUGAAUACCAUUCGAAUUGGAUCCUCACCGUUUCCAGUUAGUGGACAUCUGACACCUUCAGAAAAAGUAGGUUGUACAACUUCAAACCAGAUCUCAACCCAAAACUCUGCUGUCAUUCAUUCUAAUUCAGUGUUAGAGAAGUUUGAUAUAGAUGGAGAUGCUCUUGGUUUGCCUGAUAGCCACUCACCAGCUGAUGAUUUAGAUAAAAUGGAAAGUUCUCUAGAAGCUAGUGAACUGCCCCUCCUGAUAGAGGAUUUGUUAGAACAUGAAAAAAAAGAACUGCAGAAAAAACAGCAGCAGAUGUCCAUCCAACUCCCAUCAGGACAUUCCGUAAUGGUUCACCACACUGGUCCUGCUCAGCGUAUGACUACUGUGCAGCAACAGCAGCAGCAGCACCAGCCACACGAGGGGCCAUCACAGAAUCUUGUUGGACUGCAGCAACAGCAGCAUCUUAGGAUUAUUGCAAGGCAACAAAACAUGGUUCCUUCUCAACAUCUGAUGAACCAGCAGCAACUAGUCAGUCCUCAACAGGGUUCUUUACUUCCUCCUCACAUGUCUUUGUCUCAGCAUCAAGGACUUAUUGGUGCUGGACAGCAUAAUAUACAGUCGGUGCUGGCUGCUCAGCAGGGUCGACACCUGCUGCCUACUCAGCAUCAAAUUUCUGGAGGACAGCAGCAGACUCCACAACAGCAGCUUUUAGGAGUAAAGCCACAGCUCACAGUGCAGCAACAGCAACAGCAACAGAUUGCUAACAGUUUCUUUCCUGAUACAGAUCUAGAUAAAUUUGCAACAGAAGACAUAAUUGAUCCUAUUGCAAAAGCAAAAAUGGUGGCUCUGAAAGGCAUAAAGAGAGUGAUGGCCCAGGGAACAAUUGGCGUUUCAGCUGGAAUGAACAGGCAACAAGUGUCAUCAUUGCUGGCUCAGAGGUUGGUCGGUGCUCCUGGUGCAAGCGAGGAUCAGAAUCAUCUCCCAACUGGAACGUUGCAGGAAAGAGGCAGUAGUACCGAUCAGCCACAAGCCCGACCUAAUCCUCCUCCAUUUGCACAGGGUGGCAUCAAUGAAGCAGAACACCAUCAAUAUGAAGAGUGGCUUCUUCACACUCAGCAGCUCCUGCAGAUGCAGCUCAAAGUCUUGGAGGAACAGAUUGGUGUGCACAGAAAGUCAAGGAAGGCUCUCUGUGCAAAACAAAGAACAGCAAAGAAAGCAGGGCGAGAAUUCCCAGAAGCCGAUGCAGAGAAGUUGAAACUUGUUACAGAGCAGCAAAGCAAAAUCCAGAAGCAACUAGAUCAGGUUCGUAAGCAGCAGAAAGAGCACACCAGCCUAAUGACAGAGUAUCGUAACAAGCAGCAACAGCAGCAGCAACAGCAACAGACUACUGGGAUGGUGGCUCUCAGUCCUUCACAAAGUCCCAGACUGUUGACAAAACUCCCAGGGCAGCAGUCUCAGAUUUCCCAGCAAGGAGGAGCAAUGUUGGGACCACAGUCUGUAGCUCCUCAAUCAAGCCAUAUUGUGGGACAAGCAGGAAAUGUUGCAAUGGUACAGGGUGGUGUUUCAUUGGCUGUACAGAAGGGGAUGCCUUUUGUAAAUGCAUCACUGACCCAACAACAGCAGCAGCAGCAGAUUGCCUCAUCAGGUCCUUCCAACAGCUUUUUUCCUGGAAGUCCCACUGCUCCAAGAAUGCCAAAUGAAGGUAGAGUGUUACAGGAGCAACUUCAGAGGAUGCAGUUAAUACAGAAAUUGCAACAGCAGCAACAACAAGGUAUUAUUGGGCAUCCCUCAUUACAGCAGCAGAGCAUGAUGGGACAGACUGCACUACAGCAGCAAAGCAUAAUGGGACAGACUACUUUACAGCAGCAGCAGAAUGUAUUGGGACAGACUACAGUGCAACAACAGCAGGCUAUGCUAGGGCAGUCCAGUCUGCAGCAGCAGAGUGUACUUGGACAGUCCACAUUGCAGCAGCAGUCAGGUGUGCUGGGACAGAGUGGCUUACAACAGCAAGGUGUACUGGGACAGACUGUACUACAACAGCAGGGUGUACUAGCACAGGCCUCCAUACAACAACAGCCAAACAUUCUUGGACAGUCUCCUUUGCAGCAACAAGGGGCUGGUGGACAGGCAGGCCAGCAGACAGCUGUGGGUCAGCCACAGUCAGGAGCCCAGCAACAAAACAGUGUUGCUCAACAAAUGAUCCUAAAGCAACAGGGGCUUUUAGGAAAUCAGUCAGGUGGAGGAGGUCAGCAACCAGGCAUGAUGGGGCACCCUCAACCUUCAGUACAGCAGCAACAGACAAUUGUUGGUCACCAGACUAAUAGGCAAGCAUUUGUGACUCAACAGUCUCAGAGGAUAUUAUCACCUCAGGUGACAGCACAGCAACAGGGCCUUGCAAAUCAGAGACUGGUUUUGUCUCAGCAACAAGGAAUGAUAGGAUUGUCAAAAAUGCAACAACAGGGUAUUAUGAGCCCACCUAGCCAACAUAAACUUCUCGGACAGCUAAUAUCAAACUCUCCUCAGCAGGAAGGGAUUUCUGGACAGUCUCAAACAGUGUUGCAGCCACAUGGCUCUGUCAUACAACAGCAGCAGUGCAUCAUGACUUCAGUACAGCUGCCUUCUCAGCAAGGACUACUGGGUCAACAACAGACUCCAUCAAAGCCACUUCAACAUUUUUCUCCAUCAGGGGCUGUGAGUACGGCAUCCUCUGUUUUGCAGCACAGUCAUGGAAUGCAUCAGAUUCCACAGGGUACUGCAGGUCCUGAGCAGGGAGUCACAGAACGUGACAGUCUUGAUGGACAACAUGUUACCACAGUUCAAGUACCAAAUAUUUCUAGACCGCAACAAGACCAAGGUGCUACUUGUCAGCCCCAGGUGAUAUCUAAGGAGCACUGUGUGAUGAGUGCAAAGUCCCAAGAAAGGAUGACUCCUCUGCAGUGCCAUGGAUCAGUAGAACAAAUUGGCUUCUCAGGACAUCCACUUCCCCAAACUCCACAGCAGACUGUGCUGGGGCAACAGGAAGUAGGGCAGCAGCCGAGUAUAGCAGGGCACACACAGUUGCAGCAGCAGGGCACAGUGGGAUUACAGCAACUGCAGACAGUUAUGGGGCACCAGACCUCACAACAGCAAGGUAAUUUGGGACAUCCCACACAAAGUAUUGUGGGGCAGCAGUUGCCACAGCAUACACAAAGUAUCUUAGAGAGGUCUCCUCAAAGCAGAACAGUACAAGAGCAGCGCAGUUUGGGACAGCAGACUGUACAACAUCAGGAUGGAAAUAAACCACAUUUGCUGCAAAGGCAGAACUCAUCAGGCGAUCAGCAGGGAGCAGGAAAUCAGUCGCAGCUUUUGAAGCAGCAACAAAAUACACUGGGACAGCAGCAGAGUAUUAGUGGAUACCAGUCUUUACAGCAGACAGCUGUUUCAGGACAUCCUUCACAAGGUGUCAUGGGACAGCAGUUGACGCAACAUCCACAAAAUAUACUAGGGCAGUCUCCUCAAAGUAGGAUGGGACAAGAACAGCACAACACUGGGAAACAAACAGUCCACCAGGAGGGUGCCCAGCCCACUUUACUGCAUAGGCAGACUUCACUGGAUCAGCAGGGUACAAUAAGUAAGACACAGCUAAUGAAGAAUCAGAGUGGUCUUAAACAAAAUUCUGAUGCAAGACAGCAGCCACUUCAAGGCAUUGGUGUGCAACAGAACCAAGAAUCAACUGGUCAUCUGCAAAGUCCAUUGGGUCAGCAGUUACACCAGGAAAGUUCAAACAGACAGGCAAAGGAGCAGCAGGGAAUAUCUAUUCAGCAGACUGCCAAAUCUCAGGGUGUUAUGGGUCAUCAGAAUCAAAAUUUGAUUGGACAGAUUAGACCUCAGCUGCAAGGAGUGAUCUCGAGAAAUCCGCAGUUCCGGCACUUGACACCGCAACAGCAACAGCAGUUACAAGCCAUAUUGCUUCAGAGACAUCAGCAGAUGCAGCAAAACCAGAUGAUGAGAUGCCCAUCAUCAUUUCAGGGAGACUUGCAGACUUCAGAUGCACAGUCUAAUGAGGUGCGUAACACGUCGCAACAGCCAACUAAUACAGUUCAGCAAGACCAGCAGGCAAAAUCAACUGUGCAUGAGCAACAGGCACACCAGACUAUUAAUAGGGAGCAAUUCGCAGUUAGCCAGCACAGACCGCUGCAGGUACAAGUGGCAACAAAGCGGGCUGCUGCAGGGCUUGUGCAGAACACUUUGCCUAGAACACAGGGUGUGCUGAGACUUGCUACCUCCCAGGAGCAAAGCAUUACAGGUAUCCAGCAAGCACACAGUACAGGAAACAUAAAUGAACUUCAUUUCCAAGGACAAAAGUGUGUACCCUCACAAGACACCAUGAGAACAGCACCUCCAGUAAACAUUAAUUCACCAAGGUCAACACCGACUCAUAUCGAACCAGCUUCUAUCCCCAACCAGUUUGAAGGCAUUGCUUCUCUAAAUUCCAGUAGUUUUUCUGUGGUGCCUGAUCCUGGUGAAUGUCUGAAUGCAAAUUCCAAGCUGCAAGAAAUCAUAAAAAGAACUGCAUGUGAUGAUUCUAGGAUUUUGCAAGCUUCUGCAGUUUCGUUGCAGAGUAAAACUGCUCUGCAGUCAUUAAGUAAGCCUGAAGUACAAAAGCUAGAGUCUGCUGCUGAGGUGCAACCCCAGUCUGUGCCACAAAGAACAGAGAAAAUAGUUUCUCCAGUCCCACUUCAAGCAGAGAAAUUAAAAUCAACAGGCAGGCCUGGAAUGAAAUCUGGUUUUACCAUGAGAGAAGUAAAUGGUGAACCAGUGAAAUUGGAAAAGCAGUCCCAGAAGAUCACUGGCGUUGAAGUUUUUUCUAAAGUCCAACAAGUUGCUAGUUUAACUGGUACAUUGCAUUCAAGUGGUAAAGUAAAGAUCAAGCAAGAGCCAAAGGAAGAGUCGCACUGCAUGGAUGGAAACCUUACCAUAAAGCGAGAGACACAUGAACGUGUUACUGUGAAUUCCUCCAACGCUGCUCCAAAUUCUGUUUCUCAGACAACUUCUGGCCCAAAGUCAGAGGCAGGACACCUACUGCUUCAAAAGCUACUGCGUGCCAAAAAUCUCCAGCUUAACAAUCAACGAUCUAUAGAUGGAGAGCAUGCAGAAAUCAAUGGGCACAUUGAUAGUAAGCUGGCUCUCCUUGAACAGAAACUCCAGGCAGUGCCUGGGAGUGUUGAGGAACAACCGUCUGGUAAAAGAAGUGCAGUGCCAAAACAGAGGCGUACACAGAAAAUGGGUGAUAGAGUUUCAAACACCAGGAAGAAGAUCAAGAAGGAUGAAGUGAUAAAGUCUACAGAUGUCAUCAUGAAACAGUUAAAACAGGAGCUUGCUCUUCUUCCCUUGAUGGAACCAUCUAUUGCAGCAAAUUUUGAACUAUUUUUACCAUUUGGAAGCAGCUCUGUUAAUGGGAAGAACCAACUGAAAGGCUGUUUUGGAAAUGCAGUUCUUGAUAGCAUGCCUGACUACUACACUCAGCUGCUCACCAAGAACAACCUGAGUAAUCCCCCUACACCUCCGUCCUCCUUACCUCCUACCCCUCCUCCGUCUGUGCAGCAGAAGCUGGUUAAUGGAGUAGCUUCUUCUGAAGAACUGACCAGUCAGAGAAAAGAUCCAGUAGGGCAGCGAAGACUGGUGCAACAGAAAGAUGUCCCAUCAUCAGAAGUGAAGAGUCUGGAUUUGUUGGCAGCAUUGCCAACCCCUCCUCAUAACCAGAACGAGGAUGUCAGGAUGGAGAGUGAUGAUGACAGUGACAUCCCUGACAGCAUCGUCCCUGCAUCCUCUCCAGAGAGUGUACUAGGAGAAGAGACACUGCGCUUUCCUUUGCUGACUGAUGUGAAGGAGGAGCCAGAGGACCGGGCAACCUCACCAGUUAUUCCAAUAAUUCCCCGAAGUUGUAUACCAGUGUUUCAUGACACCACUCCUUUUGAAAAUACAGAGUUUGCUGCUGAAAAUUCUCUUAAGGGAGUACCUUUAGAUAAGACCUGGGAGAAAGGAAAAGGAAAGGAAGUUUCUGUAAUGCUGACACUCUCUACAACAGCUGCUAAGAAUUUAAGUGGUUUGAUGGCUACAGUAGCAAAGCUUUUAAGUAUGAAGGUUCCAGACUCUUAUGAAGUUCUGUUCCCUGAAGGCCAUGCUACUUCCACAACUCAAGAUGGGAAGAAACCGUCAUCAGAUGUGAGUGAGUCAGAUGUUAAAAGUGAAGAUAAACCUGUGGACACUGCAAAAGGGCCUGAGGGCAGUACUGACUGGUUAAAACAGUUUGAUGCAGUAUUACCUGGGUAUACUCUGAAGAAUGAAGUUGACAUCUUGUCACUGAUUAAACAGGAGGUUCCAUCAGAAGAAAAAGUUCAGCAUUGCUAUACCAAUAAUGUUGCAAAUCUUGAUGUGCGACAGCUACCCAUAAUGCCUGAAGAAACAUCACCACUUUCAUCUCCUUUUCUGCCAUCCCCUCCUAGCCCUGUGGAACCCCUUGUUGCAGAACCAACUCCUCAACUCCAGCCGUUGUUAUUGCCUUUUUUACCUCCUGUUCAACAUGAAGACAUUAAGGAACAUUUCAGAUUUAAGCCUCGUUCUCGACCCUCAGAAGACACUGAUGAUUCCAAACCCCGUAUAAAAAAAUGGAAAGGAAUAAGAUGGAAACGGUUACGCAUUCUCAUCACUAUUCAGAAGCCUGGAAGUAGAAAGGACACUGAAAAGGAUAUUGGUGAACUCAUAGAAAAACUGAGAACAACACUGAAACCUGAAAAUCCACCCAAAGACACGAGGAAGUGCUGCUUCUGCCACGAGGAAGGGGAUGGGGCAACAGAUGGCGCAGCUCGACUCCUGAAUCUUGAUCUGGAUUUGUGGGUCCACUUGAACUGUGCUUUGUGGUCAACAGAAGUAUAUGAGACCCAAGGAGGAGCACUGAUAAAUGUGGAGGUUGCAUUACAUCGUGGUCUGCUAACCAAAUGUGCUUUAUGCCAAAAGACUGGCGCCACCAAUAGCUGUAACAGAAUCCGCUGUAUAAAUGUUUAUCAUUUUGCUUGUGCUAUCAAGGCCAAAUGUAUGUUUUUCAAAGACAAGACUAUGUUGUGCCCUAUGCACAAACUGAAAGGCCCUUGUGAAUAUGAACUGAACACUUUCACUGUUUUUCGUCGUGUAUACAUUGAGCGGGAUGAAGUUAAGCAGAUAGCUAGCAUUAUACAGCGUGGUGAGCGCAUUCAUAUGUUUCGUGUUGGCGGACUUAUAUUUCAUGCCAUUGGUCAGUUACUGCCUCAUCAAAUGGUAGACUUCCACAGUGUCACUGCUCUCUAUCCUGUGGGAUAUGAGGCUACUCGGAUCUAUUGGAGUAUGCGCCAUAAUAAUAAACGCUGUUGUUAUCGCUGUACUAUUUGUGAGAAUGAUGGUAGGCCUGAGUUCAUGGUCCAAGUAAUUGAGCAAGGUCACGAGGACUUUGUGCUGGUAGACUCUUCUCCUCAAGGAGUUUGGAACCAAAUCGUAGAACGUGUAAUGAAGCUUAGGAAUGAGGCAGAUAUGCUUCGACUGUUCUCAGAUUAUCUAAAAGGAGAAGAAAUGUUUGGGUUAACUGUCCAUGCUGUAUUGCGCAUUGCAGAAUCGUUGCCUGGUGUUGAGAACUGCCAGAACUAUACUUUCCGCUAUGGUCGCCACCCACUAAUGGAAUUGCCACUGAUGAUAAACCCAACAGGUUGUGCUCGUUCUGAACCGAAAAUUUUGACACACUACAAACGCCCCCAUACACUCAACAGCACCAGUAUGUCUAAAGCAUAUCAGAGCACUUUUACUGGUGAGAUCAACACUCCCUACAGCAAACAGUUUGUCCACUCCAAGUCAUCUCAGUAUCGGCGGCUUAAAACUGAGUGGAAGAACAAUGUGUACCUGGCAAGAUCACGGAUCCAGGGGCUUGGGUUGUAUGCAGCAAAGGACAUAGAGAAGCACACCAUGGUGAUAGAGUACAUUGGAACAAUUAUCCGCAAUGAGGUUGCAAAUCGCAGGGAGAAGAUUUAUGAAGAGCAGAAUCGAGGCAUUUACAUGUUCAGAAUCAACAACGAACAUGUGAUUGAUGCUACACUAACGGGAGGUCCAGCAAGGUACAUUAAUCAUUCUUGUGCUCCAAACUGCGUUGCUGAGGUUGUGACAUUUGACAAGGAAGACAAGAUUAUCAUCAUCUCUAGUAGAAGGAUCCCAAAAGGCGAAGAGCUGACCUAUGAUUAUCAGUUUGACUUUGAAGAUGAUCAGCACAAGAUUCCUUGUCAUUGUGGAGCUUGGAACUGCAGAAAGUGGAUGAAUUAGUGGGGAAGCUGUGUUCCUGUCUCCUGACUACAGCAUGCCAGCUACUUGGAACCUACCAAGUCCCAGAAGGGGAAUGCUGGGCCUGCGACUAUACUGGAAGCCAUGCAGAAGGGCGGUGUUUUGGAUUUCUCCAGUAAAAAAUGAGAAGCUUAAAGAUAAAGUUGGAAUAAAAGACAACAUUCUUAGCAAAAUCUGAGUGUUUUUACUGUAAAUAUUCAGUAUUUAAAAUCGCUGAAUUAAGAGAUGAAGUAGAAUUUCGUCUUCCCAGAAGAACCAAAACACAACCACUACUGAUGAAAUGAGAGAGACACAUUGCAAUCGUGGAACCAGCAGCUGUGGGACAUUUCCAGUUAGAAUCCCUGAUGGACCAUGUGUGCUUGUGCACAAGGCUUUGCUCAUGACUGCCAGAGCCACCCUUUUGCCCUUCCUUCUUCAGAGCUGCCCUCCUAUUAGGUGGAAUGAACCAUUCUGAAACACUGGGUGAGAAGUAGAUUUGUGUAUUCCUCCUGGAUUCAGAAGCAUCAUGUGUGAGUGCAUCAAAGUGCAUUAAGCUGCUGUUGAACUUGCAGAACAAGAAGACAGUAGUCUUUGGAUACUGAAGGGCCUGGUAUUUGUAACAAACUCUGAGAAAGUAUGACGGACCUGUAUAGGUGAUCAUUUGGGAUGGGUAUUUUUCAUAACCCAAAUCACCUUAUUUAAUUUGACUUUUGGGAGUGAAGUUCUAACUGCUUGUAUAAUAGAAUCUACUCAGAGACUUCCAGCACGACAAUCCCAAGUUUAGUAGUAUGAUAAAGAAUAGUGUUUGAAAAACAUUGGAAAUGUAACAUUGAAAAAAUAUUGUAACUGAAAACACAGAAGGUACUUUGUACCUACCCUACCUCAUGUAGUAUCACCUUAACAUGGUUAGCAAGUUGCAUUGGUUAAAAUGUAAGUGGGAGUUUUAUAGGGACUGACUCAUUGGUUGUGAUGUUACCUGCUUCUCAGGUAAUUGACAUACGAGUUAGAGGGCCAUGGGGUUACGAUUGUGUUAACCCCUCUGCCUCACUAGUGUCCCUGUUGGCUCUGUACAGAUAGUGAGUCAGUGUAGAGAGAUUCUUGCUAAUCUGCCUCUUUUUUAUUAAUUUAAUUCUGCAGUGGAGUGAUGUUAAUUUGGGGUGGUAGGUGAAAAUAGUGGUUGUGCACUGUGCGCGUCAUGCACAUGUCAUGUGUCCCCAGUUUUUAAACAGAUGGGGUCAGCAUGUUUUGAGCAUCUUAUUUUGCUGAAGACUGUUAUCAUUGUCUGGCUUAUAAACCAGCAUGAAGCACAGCCCUUUUGAACUUGUACUCCAUUUUGUAAUAAUUCCAGUGGUUGUUGUACAGAAGUCUGAUCUGUACAGUCUGCCUUUUGUGGUUCGCAACAUGCCAGUUACCAAAAGAACCAUAAGCAGAGUCAAAUCUCUCAAGUGCAGCCUGCACAACCUGUAGAUGCCUCUUGCCUAACAACCCAAUGUCAUAAAAGCCAGUUGCAUCAGCACACCCUUGUAUUGUUUUAAAUACAUCUUCAUGAACACUGUACUGAUGGCAAUUACAGAAAGAAGACUUUGUGUAGAAGACUCCAUGAAGCCUGCUGUACAUUUAGAAUGACUGCGUGUGUGUGUUGUGUGCGUGUGUGGAUGUGUACAUAAGUGGUAGAAAUGUAAACUUUGUAAAUUUUUGAAACGCAACGCACAAACUGCUUUCCUCCUGAUACUGUGGAAAGGUUCAUGGAGAAAGGAACCAGACUCUUAGCCCUGUGCUCUGUUGAACCUGUACCCUUUCGUAUUGUUUGAGAAUUAAGCAAAGUUCUGAUAACUGAAAGGGCCGAAGGCAUUUCCGGUAGUUAAAUACAGGAGAGGGGAAUGUGCUGUAGCAUUUUGCUGAAGCUGCUUCCGCAACUUUUAAAAGCUGCAAGUGUAAAAUUUGUAAAUAAUGCUAAAACUAAAAAUGUUGUGUAGAGACCCUUUUUAUCAAGAAACCACUGGACACUUCUGAUUUUCAAAAGAACUUUAAAAAUAACUAGAUAUUGUGUAUAUAACCCUUUGUCUUUCAUUUUUGCUGAAAGCUGUAAAGAUUACUGUGAAAGCAAAGGGGUUGGGGGAACGGAGAUGCUGGGAAUGUCCAAAUUUGAUCUCACAAGUAGCAGACUUUUGAGAUUAUAGUAGAUGUAAAAUAUGAAAUAAAUGUAGAUUUUAGGGAUAAACUUAUACAGUUUUACAUUUUUAUAUAAAUGAAACUAUAAUCCAGCCCCUGGUCUUCAAAUUAUUUUGAUUUUUACUUCAUCCUGUGCCUGUAUAAUUGCGUCAGAUCCCAGUGUAUUAUAGCAUCAAUUACACACUUUUCCUCCUCCAUCACCUCUGCCCCCUGCAAAUCUGCUAUGUUUUAUCUUCAAAUUUCAGUAACAGUCUAAUUUUUUAAUAUACAUUAAAGUGUGGACUACAGAGAAGUAAAAAAAAGUUUUAUUUUGUGUUUGUGUGUAUUCUGUACAGCAACGUUGUCCUUCGUAAAGAUGAAUAAAAUUAUCCCUUUUUUAAAUACUCGUGGCAUGUUUUGUAUUGGAUGUAAUUUGGAAUGUAUAUAAUUUAUGUUGAAAAGGAGGCAGGAGCAGCUGUCUUAAUUCUUCCUGUUUUUAAAGAAAAAUAAAAUUAAUUUUAAAUAUUA